AUGGAUCCUCCUCGCGCAUCUUCUCACAGUCCGGGGGAUACUAGCCCUAGUGGAAGCGAUGACCUCAGCACUAUUGAAACGAGCCCAGACCGCCGCUUAUCAGAACAACGAAGCCUCCAGCCGGAGCUCGAGCGUCGGCAAACCAACCUCGGCGACGUCGAACUUGCGCGUAUCGAAACCUACCGACUACAACACCGCUCGACAGUAGGCUCAGGCACUGGCAUCACACCUCGUGAACAAUGGCUUCCCCUCGGAGCUGGGAAGCCCUACCCACCUUCCCUCCCAGACCCGGAACAAUAUCUGGUGGAAUUCACGGAUGCCAAUGAUCCGCUCCAUCCCCAGAACUGGCCAUUGUCCAAGAAGAUUGGUAUCUCGGUGACUCUAGCCUAUACAACAUUCGUAUCCUCCUUCGCUAGUGCCAUUUUCUCCUCCGCAGUCGGCGCGAUCGGUCCCCAUUUUCAUAUCAGCACGGAGGUAGCCGUUCUCGGUGUUACCUUGUAUGUCCUGGGUUUCGCGUCUGGACCAACAAUCUGGGCACCGGCCAGUGAGCUCAUAGGCAGAAGAUGGCCAAUCUGUAUUGGCAUGUUCGGCUACUCUAUAUUUACUAUUGCGACAGCGACAAGCAAAGAUGUCCAGACAUUGAUGCUAACCCGGUUCUUUGCUGGGUUCUUCUCUGCCAGCCCCAUCGCCAUCGUGCCUGCCGUCUUUGCCGAUAUAUAUAACAACCAGACAAGAGGUGUGGCUAUUGCCAUGUUUGCCAUGGCUGUGUUUGUGGGACCGUUCGCCUCGCCAUUCGUGGGUGGCUUCAUUACAUCCAGUUAUCUUGGCUGGCGAUGGACUAUGUACAUUGCUUCCAUCAUGGGUUGGCUGGCUACUGGACUUUGUCUUCUACUUUUGAAGGAGACGUAUGCACCCGCUGUUCUGGUAGAGAAAGCGUCUACUCUCCGACGACAGACCCACAAUUGGGGUAUUCGCGCUAGACAGGAGGAGAUUGAGCUCGACUGGGGUGAACUCAUCACGAACAACUUCAGUCGACCAUUCCGUAUGCUCUUCACGGAACCAAUUGUCUUCUUGAUUUCCCUGUGGAUGAGUUUCGUCUAUGGACUAAUGUACGCACUUCUCGGCGCCUACCCGGUUGUGUUCCAAGGCAUCCACGGAAUGAGUCUGGGCGUUGGUAGUCUGCCCUUCAUUGCACUGAUUAUUGGCGAGGCUCUAGCCGGCUCCUAUAUCCUCUGGGACCAGAAGGCAUACAGCAAAAAGUUGACCGCCAACAACAACAUUCCCAUCCCGGAGUGGCGACUCCCCCCAGCCAUCGUUGGUGGUAUCUGCUUCUGUGUCGGCCUUUUCUGGUUCGGUUGGACUGGCUGGACAAAGUCAAUCCAUUGGAUGGCUCCUACUGCCAGUGGACUAAUGACUGGAUUUGGGAUCUACGUCAUCUUCUUGGAGUGUUUCAAUUAUCUGAUUGAUUCGUACUUGACCUUUGCUGCAUCCGUCUUCGCUGCGAAUACAAUUAUCCGAUCAGCCGUCGGUGCCGCUUUCCCCUUGUUCUCUAAGCAGAUGUUCAAUAAUCUGGGUGUGCAGUGGGCUGGUACUCUUCUUGGAUGUCUUGCCCUCAUCAUGGUUCCUAUUCCUCUGGCAUUUAUCAAAUGGGGACCUUCGUUGCGGAAGAAAUCGAAAUUCGCCCCGGUCUUUGAACCGAAACGUACGACUCAAGUGGAAAAGCAGGGAUCUCAAGCUGUUUAG